AUGCUGACGAGUGUUCACUACCCGACAUCCUGUGUUCCAUAUGCAGAGAGACCAUCAAAAGUCCGUGAGCUUGCACAGCAUGCCCAUCAACAAGACUCAGACGAAUUUGUAGUGGAAACAGUCGCUUUCCAGAAUGUAGAUGAUUAUCAGGUAACGGAAAGGAUUGAUGCUGUGACAGUCGAACACUGUCUCACCCAUCUCGGACAUGAAGUCCGUCCAUCUCAGCUGAGACUAGAUGAGAGUGCUGAAAAGCCAGCGCAAAACCCUAGCGGAGAUGGAUUCGACAAUAUGCGCCUUGCACGCCGUCCAGAUGUUCCUCCUGUCCGCCGUCCUCAAGCUCCUACUCCGAUACGGAAAUUGCAGAAGCGAGCCCAUCUACGCAAGGAGGAGCAAGCUAAGCGACGAGGGCCACUGCUGGACAUUCCGGACUGUACGCAAGACGAGAAGGACACGUGUACUGUUUGUCUUCAGGCCAUCUACUUCCGCCCAGGUCGCCUUCGAUGCGUUUGUUAUAUGCAACGCCAUAAACUCCCGUCCACUUUUAUACGCCUGUGUCGACUUUGUGGCAACGGCAGGAGCUCGGGUCGCAGCACGGCAAAGAUUCGUGGAGUGAUGCCUUUAAAAGUGAUGAGAAACCCAACGGAAGGCACGCGAAUGGGUUUGGAGCAGGCGGAAAGCAUGUUGAAGGAAUUCCGUAAAAUGAUAGACGAUUUGGCAGGAAAUGUUGAAGAGAGCGAGAAUAAUGUUCGCCUGGCUCGCCGCCCAGAGGUACCUCCGGUCGGCCGUUCUCAAACGCUAACUCUUAUACGGAAGCUGCAUAAGGUUUGA